CCUUAUUGAAAAUCAGCCUUUCCAUCUCUCAAGUCUGACGUGAUGUGCUCUUGGAGGAACAAGACAAAAGCUCAUUCUGGGCAGUAAAUGUCAGCUAUGUUCAACCUCAUCCCAGUUGGCUUGCGAGUGGUUGCCAUCCAGGGAGUUCAGACCAAACUCUAUCUGGCCAUGAACAGCGAGGGCUACCUGUAUACUUCGGAACACUUCACACCAGAGUGCAAGUUUAAGGAAUCAGUGUUUGAGAACUAUUACGUGACAUACUCCUCCAUGAUCUAUAGACAGCAGCAGUCGGGCAGGGGCUGGUACCUAGGCCUGAACAAGGAAGGAGAGAUCAUGAAGGGCAACCAUGUGAAAAAGAAUAAGCCCGCUGCACACUUCCUUCCCAAGCCUUUGAAAGUGGCCAUGUACAGGGAACCCUCUCUGCACGACCUGACCGAGUUCUCACGUUCUGGCAGCGGCACACCCACUAAGAGCCGGAGUGCUUCCGCUGUGCUGAACGGGGGCAAAGCUGUGAGUCAGAACGAGUCAACGUAGCCCGGUUUUCCUGGCCCGCUACCUUUCGCCUUCACCAAAACCUCUGAAUGCUUGCGACUUCACACAGACUUCUCUCCAAAAGCUCUCAGCGGUUCAGGACAACAUGAAACUUAACAUAACCACUCGCAAACUACAGUAACAUUUGAUUUGGACUUCUUUAUAAUUAGCUCGUUUUUUUAUGUUUAACUUUUUUUUCUAAUCACCAUUAUAAUAGCCUUUUCCAUGUGAAACACAGAAAUUGUAGCCUUUCUUACGAUGGGACGUUGCGUUUAAGUCCCUCUCAGCAGUUGAACUUCAAUCAUCAAGGUUCAUUUCCUAGCAUUGCAGGUCCUGAUCAAGUAAUGCAUUGUUAAGAGUUCAGGGCAGUCAGUGAGGGUUUUAGCUGCACGGGUGCGGUGGAAGGAAGGCACCCCUGUCCUCCAUGCUUCCUAAAUGUGUGAAGCGAUAGAGAAACGCCCAUCCCGUUGCGUGGGGGGCUUCUGCGUUCUUGUGCACUCGCUUAGAGGGCUUGUCUCUCUAGCAUGGGAAUAUAAAGCCUGCGUUCUGCUCACAUUAUGAGUGAAGCUGUGCCUCUCAGAAGCAAGAGGCCAUGGCUUGCUGAUUGGUUGAAUUAGCCGUGAGCUUUUCUUACUUUCUCUUCCUCUUGUUUCUUCCCCAAAUCAGUGUUUUUUGAGGUUUAAACAGUGACUGGAGAUCUAGCGCACCAAAGACAGAACUCUGAGAGUUUCCCCUUGAGCCGUCAGACCACACCGCUAAAUAUAUACCCAAGAAAGUAAGCGAUGAACAGGUUUUUUCUGAUUAGUGAGAGGUUCAGUAUUUGAGGAGAUGGAUGUGUGGUUUAUGAGGGCUGUGUGAUGUCACUCCUUUUGUCUCUUAUUGCGUCCUGUUGUCUGUUUUCUAAGUUCCUUUAGUCUGUGUGCUUGUGUUUAUGCCCGCACAUGUCAACUCUCCUUUGGUCAAUGCUGGUCACCGUUGCCAGUGAUUUUCGAGACAUGGCGGGACUCCCACCUGGACUGCGUUUUGUAUAUAAGUAAUUUAUGGUGGUGACAAUUUCCUAUUUAAAUGAGCAAACAAAAAAUUAUACUGUGGAACUUAAGUUGGUUGAAUUUUUUUAGGGUAUGUCUAAUUUGUGAAAAAAUGAAAAAAA